CACAAUUAGAGAUGCUCUUACUUUUUAAUUAACUCAUUUCCGGUUGUGUGCUAUGCUGCUGCUAGCUUGACGUGGCUGGUGAGUAUGAGCGGAGACGCAGCGCUGCUGUUGCACUCUGAGCUCGUGUCAGCCGAAGUGCAGCAGUAAACUGACGUUACCCACCGUCUGUCUGUCUCCACUGUCACCAUGAAGACUGUAGUUGUGCUCGCUUUUUUAGCCUGCCUGGCUGUCUCGGCACUAUCAUUGACUGAAGAUGAAAAAAUAAACAGACGUCCUGCAACCGUGUCCCCUGCCAUUGAGUUCAGCACCAAUGAACACCCUCCCCCACCCACCACCAAGUCUAAAACCCUCACGACUACAACCCCCACGACUACAACCCCCACGACUACAACCCACAAACCUACAACCCACAAACCUACAACCCACAAACCUACAACCCACAAACCUACAACCCACAAACCUACAACCCACAAACCUACGACCCACAAACCUACAACCCACAAACCUACGACCCACAAACCUACGACCCACAAACCUACGACCCACAAACCUACGACCCACAAACCUACGACCCACAAACCUACAACCCAAAAACCUACAACCCAAAAACCUACAACCCAAAAACCUACAACCCAAAAACCUACAACCACCAAACCUACUCCUCCUCAACCUACUCCCCCCACCAACCUGACUGUAGGAAACUACACCGUGAUGGCAAACAAAACAGCGGUGUGUGUGAUGGCUCAUAUGGCACUGCAGAUCCGACUGGCAACACCAAAGAGCAAUGGAACCUUCAUUGUUCAACCAAAGUCUACACAUGCAGUAGGAAGUUGUGAGGCAACCAAGGCCAACCUUACCCUUGAGUUCCCACAGGGCUUCAUCACUUUCAUGUUCAACAAGAGCAUUGAAAAAAAUACCGUCUACGUCGAUGCUGUGUCUUUCAGCCUGAACUACCCCUUAGACAAAAAAGUUGCAAACGGACCCCCGUACACUGCCAACAACAAGUCAAUGAAUCUCUUCGCUGCAAAGAUCGGACACUCGUACUCCUGCAAGAGUGAAGCACUGUACAUGGGGGACGGCAUGUACCUGGAUGUCAAUCAAGACCAGAUGCAAGCUUUCAAUUUAAACAAGAACGAGUUUGGCAAACCUGACUCCUGUGCAGCUGACAAGCCUGACUACCGUGUUGCCAUUGCGGUGGGAGUGACGUUGCUGGUGCUCAUCAUCAUCGUGGUGGUGGUCUACCUUCUGGGCCGCAGGAAGAGGGCCAAUGGCUACCAGUCUCUGUGAGGGAGGCCGGGCACACUUCCGUCAGAGGUUACUCUUAUUACAAACAGUGAGGCUUUGAUCUCAGGGGCUAAGGGGCAUUCUCACUAAAGCCUAACGUGCCAUUUCUCUGUUCUUCCAUGAUUUGGUACACCCAAUUAAUUGUUAUUAACAGUGUCAAAACUAGGGGUCCCGGGGAGGCCAGAGUGUGCUACUGGAAUAAUUUUAGACCUUAAAAGUGUUUGAUAGUAAUGAAAUAAUAAAUGUAUUCAUUUAAAUGCUGUAAUAUAAAUUGAUUAAUCAAAUUACAAUUCAAACACUUGCAUUGAUAAAGGCAAAGUGAAAAUAAAUAGAUAUUUAGACCUGCCAAUUAAUUCCUCUAUUCCGUCUUUAAUGCUCAAUCAAUCAUUGAAUUUUAAGGCAGAGUCACAAAAUACGUUUUUAAAGGUUUAUUAGACUGAAUUGUUUUUCAUCAAACUGGACCAGCCUCUGAAAUAGCAAUUGUAUUUGGGACACUAAAAAUAACAAUGUUAAUAAGGACACAUCUAUAAACUGACAUCUUUGUAACUACUUAAAGUAAAAAACUGACCAAAAUGUCUUGUUAGAAUCCGUUUGGGUUAUUUCUUCCACAGACAACGAGAGUGUUAGUGGUCAAUACUUAAAAUGAUGAUGAUGUCAUUCCAUAUUAAAUUCUUGGCUCCUUUUUUCAUCUAGCGCCACAUUAUACUUGCCCUUAGCAGUGCAAGCAGGAAGUAAGUCAGAUUUCAUCAUGUGCUCUUUGAUCUAAAUCGUAUUCAGCUUGUCUCAGCAAAUACACGACUUUUAAUGAUUAUGUGUAAAUGUUUUGUUAUUCCAUUUUUUUUAAAGAAUCAAAUACUAUGUCUUCUGUCUUAUAGCGAUUUUAUGUUUUAAAAAGAAGGGAAGUUAUCCAAUCAGUUACAGGUAAUUGUACUGUGUAUGUUUGCAUUAUUAUUCUGAACAAAGGGAAACUCGAAGGGGUGUGUGUCGAAGAUUGUUAAAACAUAUAGUCAACAGUGAGUGCACUGAUUUGUGUCCCAACUUGAUUGCCUUUGUCUUUUUCAUCCAAUAUUUAGAUGAUGUUGUAUUUUCAUAGAAAUGUCGGGGUGGACCGUCAAUGUUUGUCAGUAAGGAGUCUGUUCGGAUCCUGAUUAGAUUUUUUUAAAUGAGUCACAAUAGUUAAGGAAACAUCUCAGGAGUCCAUCUCUCCUCCCUCGCCAAUUCAACUCUUCCACACCAAACUGCCUUAAAGGACUAGUUUAAUAUUUUGGGAAAUACACUUAUAGAUUGUAUAGCAGAAAGGAAAUAGGCAUAUUUCCCAUAAUGUCGAACUGGUCUAGUAAAUAUUGGUUGAAUAACUGGGCGUAACACAGAAACAUUAGUCUGUUGAAAUCCCAUUAAAAUGUGAACCUGAUGGUGGCAAUAUUUUCUCAACUGCAGUUUCCAAGGUCUUGAAUAUUGAAUAGAAAGUUAUUAAACCAAAAUGGCAGAAUUGCAAUUUGAGUACACAAGUGAAAUAAAAUAUAUAGGAUCCCCAAAUCCUAGCUUUGUGUCAAAGGGUCAGUUAGCCCACAUUUUAAAGUGACAUAUCUUACCUUUAUCAUCAGUUUUAUGUGUAGAUUUUGAUUUACUAAUUUUUUAUAACUUUUGCCACCACUUUUAUAAAAUUAUGGUGAAUAAUGCUUUUCAAAGCAUUAAAAAAUAACAUCUGAAAAAGAAACCGUGGCUUGUAUUUCCAGAAUCCAUGACCCGGUCCUCCUGUGUAAUCCACAGAUGUAGCUUUCAGUGCACCUUCGUUGUUUUGGGGUGGAAGCAGAAUUUUUUUUAGGCAGAAACAUCAAAACCCGGACAAAAA